AUUAGGAGGGCAAAACAGGAACAGGCAAUGCAAGCCUUUGGUUCAGUGACAAUCUUUUGUGAUCGUCAGAGGUCUGGUCGUUUCGACGAUUGGACGGCUCACCUGGAAUCAGCCCUCGAUCUAGGCAACUUCGAGGAAGCUAAGAAAUUACGCAUAAUGCGCUCUAAACUCUACGGAGAGGCUGCUGAAGAAUUCGACACAUUCAAGUUAGACAACCCCAUCCGAUCCCAAGAGUACGCAUCAGUGAAAGCACGACUCUUCAAACUAUUCCACUCGACCGAAACGCGGUCACAAAGGAGUGUCGAGUUUCACAACAUGAAUAGGGAGCCGGAGGAAAACAUGCGCCGCUACGCAAAUCGUAUUCGUAAGGCCUUCCAUAAAGCUUACCAUAUGGAUGGUAUAUUAUAUUCAGCUACCGCCGCAUCCCGGGAGCAAAUGAUGAUGGACAGGCUUCUGAAAGGUCUACCCAGUGAUGUGCAAGUCCCCUUAAAGUAUAAAAAGUUUGCAUCGUUCGAGACACUUAUCGAUCGAGCCGAACUUACCGCAUUAGCUAUUGAAGAAUCACAGACGAGAGUUAGAAUCCAUGCAGCAUACUCAUCAACGAACGCACCAACCCAUCAAAAUGAACUGACCAGCGUGCUGGAAGCCCUAAAUCGCUUAAGCACCAAGGUUGACCAAAAUGCCACGACUCACAACGCGGAACUACAACAGAGUCUAGCAGAAAUGAAAAGGCAAUUAGCACAGACCCACAUAACACAAGGCAGUCCACAGAAAGACCCAAACGUGACGCAGUCCGAAGCUUUUAAAAGGGCAGCCCUUUUUUGCGAAUUCCACAACACCUGGGGGUUCCACACCGAAACAGACUGUUUCACCAAGCCACAACAAAAGAACGAGCUCUGCCACCUGUGCCGGAACAUAAGGCACCGACAGAAUUUCUGCCCUACCAUACGGAACCCAAGCCCGGCAGGCGUAAGCAACAGGCGCCUGGCCUGCCAGGGCACCGUAACAGUAGAUGUUCUCGUCGAGGACGAGAGGCCCCGUGAACCCUUUCAACAAGAGUUCAUCGUCAUUCCGGAAAUUAUGGAAGAAUGCAUACUAGGUUUAGACGCUCUUUAUGAACAUAAGUUUAUGAUCGACGGUCGUGAGAGGCGAGUCUAUCGAGUGAGGGAGUCUGAUCAACUCCAAAACGAUGACAAACCUACAAUGAUGGUGGCUGUUAAAACGAAAAUACCUCCAUCAUCCGCAUGCGUGGUGGAGAGCGAGAAUAGUGACGUCAAGCUAUCUCUCGACACUGCCUGUUUUCUAGUAAAAAAACCCACGGUUACCCGCCGGUCUUCGACUGGACCCCUUCGUCUCUACAAAACGUGA